AUGCACAAACGCCCGAUCACCUUUGCCCAGGAUCCUCGCCCGCUGAAGAGGAGAGCCCAUGAUCGCGACGAUAUCGGCCCUCUCCAUCCGCAUCCCGUCGUGCAGAACAACGGAACGGCCUGGCUUCCCUUUGGGUUCUCGUUGUCAGCGUCGGUGUCUGCUGCCUCCAGGUGUCCUGUGCCGCUCUAUCCGUCCAGCACCGUCGCCCAGGUCUUUCCUGCCUCGGGCUCGGGCCGACACCCCUUCCAAGGCUCGGCAGUCUUCCCCAGCCAUCCCCGGGUCUAUUGCCACGAUCUGCCCCGCUCUCCCAUGUCGGCCCUGAGCCCCGAAUAUGCUCUCUAUCCGCCGCCUUCGGCAGUGCCGUCGCAGCGUCGUCCGUUCUUCUGCCCGUCGUGUCCGUCGUGUCCAUCGUGUCCGUCGACUGGAUCCUGGGCUGACCCGCACCCCGUCGCUGCUUGCACCCCAACCUACGCUCCCGCCGUCUACGAAUUCUCAACCCCCAUCUCCCCGCUGUACUCCCAGCCCCGGCCCUGGCAGUCGACGGCUGUGCCCCCAUCCUCGUCCUCGUCUUCUCGGCUUCUGGCAUAUCCGUCUCUGCAGCCCGCCUGCAGCCCACGCCGUCUUCGCUCCCGCCCGCACUCGCCAGCGCCAUGUCUUCGGCCAACCUUCAGUCCCCCGCAGAGCCAGCACCUCGACUCCUAUCGAAAAGUCGAGCCUUUCCCGGCCGCUCGGCCGCCCCGGCCCUCCUGGCCGGCUCCCCAAAGCUACUACUGGACGACAACCCACGCCAGCCCGUGCGAGCCUGCCACCAAGCCCUCGCACUCCACCGCCUUCGCGACCUCCUAUCGAGACACCGCCGAUCUGCUUGCCAGCGACGUCUCUCCAAGCAAGAAUCCUCUCCCGAGCCCAAGGACGCCCUCGUACGAGCCGCUUGUCGUGGCUUUGCCGGCCAGCAACGCCCUCGCAUGGACCCCGAUACCCACAAAGCGCCUGACCAAGUUAUGCGAGUCCGAGCGCGAUUACCUGCCCGAUCCCUGCUAUUUAGCCAACUGCCAGAAAGGCAAGAUGCAGGCCUCGAUGCGAUCAGCCAUGGUCUCCUACAUGGACGUGCUCAGCGGCCACCUGAGCUACUCGCGCGAUAGCUUCUCCAAGAGCGUCAACAUCUUUGACCGCUAUCUCUCUGUCGUCAAGGUCUGUCGCCAACCGCAGUUCUAUCUCCUCGCCACCACUGCUGUCUAUCUCGCCGGCAAGUUCAACGAAGAGACCAACGAGCCCUCCAUCGCGGACAUGAUCGCCUGCAGCCACUUUCCCGAGUGGCAGCCCUCGGAUCUCAAGAGAAUGGAACGCAAGAUCUUGAGCGCCCUCGACUGGAAAAUUGCCGGUCCCACACCCCUGGCCGUCCUCGAUGAGGUCCACAGCAGCUGCCAGGAGCACAUCUCCGUGUUUACUCGCGUCGGGUCGAGCAUUCAAGCGUGCAUCGAAAAGUCCAUCGAAGAUUACGCUUUCCUCAAGUUUCCGCCGUCCGUGGUUGUCGCCGCGGCUCUGACCAAAUCCUUGACAGAGCAACCGACAGCGUGGGUUGAGAGCGUAGUGAAUGCCCUCUUUGGCUUUGCUGAGAAUGCAUGUCCUUGA